AUGAUAUCGAAAGAAAAAGAUGAAGUUGCUGCUGCUGAAGGUGUUUUAGAUUAUCGCGGCGCUAAACAUGGUCAUUCAUACUUGGCACAGCAGUGUACUACCAAUGUUUGUAAAGCAAUAUUUUCAUCCUCAUCAAUAGCAAACAACUUAGCAUGUGCUCGAGCCAAAUCAGCAUUUAUUGCUCUAAAUGUUCUAGCACCAUUUUUUACUUAUACUUUACUUGAUGAUUUAAAACAAUCAUUUUAUUAUUCUGUAAUGCAUGAUGCAAAUAACAAAGGAAAUAUCAAAAUGUUUCCAUUUUGCGUUCAGUUUUUAUUAAUAACUGGUGUAAAAAAAGACUUAAUAGAUGAUGCUGAAGACACAGCAUUCAAAAAUUUUUCAAAUGCACGUAAAGUAAUUAUGGAUAAUGAUUUAGAUAUUAACAGAUUAAUAGGAUUAGGUUCUGAUAAUACAAAUGUAAACGUUGGUGAAAAACAUUCUGUUUUUACUUUGUUUAGUGAUGAACUACCUUGUACAAUAAAAGAAGGAUUGAUAAUUAGCAUUUAUGUAUACCUGAAACGGAGCACAUUUUAA